CCACCUAGAAGAAAGUGCAUUUUCUCUUGACUGACAGGGUCAAGCCGCACCCCUUUCUCUGUGGGAAGGUCGGGCAACGAAGGACCGCCCAGGCGCGUUUGGAUGACGUGUAACCCGCAUGUGGCCGGAAAGGGUUUGGGAAGCGUGUCUACGGGAGGAAAGGUUCUCAUGCCUGCUCUGGAGAGAGGAAGGCAAUGGGCAAGAACAAGGCAAAAAGUCAAAUGCAGAAGAAUGUAUUCCAUGUGGCCAACAAAAGAAUAAUGAAGGCUAAGAGUAAAGCAAAGCCAGUGACAACCAGUUUAAAAAAAAUCAAUAUUGUGAAUGAUGAGAAGGUCAACAUGGUAAAUAAGAUAUUUACAGAAGUACAAAAAGAAGUUAAGCAAUUAUCCAAAGCCAUUCCAUCAGAUCCUUCAAAAAGGAAUCAGCUUCCCAAGGCUCUUGAAGUUGAACCAGCUAACGUGGAUGCUGCUGCUAAGUGCAGUGUAGAAGGGGUAGCUUAAAAUGUCAGAAUCAGUUUCUAUGCUUGUACAAUCUUGGAAAAAAACAACUGGAAUCAGGAAACCACACAACACAGGUUCAGGCUACUGAGAAAUUGCUCAAAAAAUUGUUAGAAUGUUGCCACCUAUAUUGUGACUAUGCAGCUAUAGAAGGCCAAUACUUUUCUGGACAAACAGAUGGACUUAAACACAGCAGUAACAGUAGAUACAUUUCUAAACUGAAAUCACAAUUUUAAAAGUAAUGUAAACUCCACUGUAAAUGACAGAUUGUGAGAUUGUUGCUGGCAUGUAAAUGAAUGUAAGAUGACAUUUACAAAUUAAUCAGUUGCUGUAUUUGUUUGCUUUAAAUGGGAUAAAGCUUCAAUUCCAUUGAUAAGGGGUUAUUAUAACAGCAGGAAUUGAAUGUUUCCUCUAUACUUGAGCUUUGGGAGCAAUUUCUUAUUUAGAUCUAAUUACAAAACCCAUUCAUUGGUUACUAGCAAUCACAAACAACUUGCUAGUAUCAAUGUGCAGGGAAUAUGUUUGAAAGAAACUCAUGGAAAAAAUGAAGUUUGGGAUGGACAGAAUAACCUGGAUUACACAACAUGACAAUUCAUUAUGGGCAGCUAGCCCCGACAGGGUAUUGUGUGAAGUUGAGUUCACUGCAGUCUUUCAAGGAGCUAUAGGUAAGCCAAUAGUUUCUGCUUCCAUAUGUAAUUCAGAUGGCUUGAUUUUGUAAUAAUGUAAGGGGGGGGGUUGUACAUAGCACACGUCAUCAUGCCACUUGAGUAACAAAAUUGGAUGCAGCAAAAUCUACAGGGAGACUCCAUCAGCUGGAUAGUUCUGAUUCAGAGAAGCUUUUCUGCUGCAAAAUGGAUGAGGCAGAAAAGAUCUUCAGCAGUUCCACCUCCCUCUCAUACAGUCCUCUGUGUCUUCCAUGCUUCUGCUUUAGGGGUUGGGAGACCCUCCAGAACAAUGAGAAAAAUGCUUCUGGGAUUUGCCAAGGGAAGGGAAAUUGCAAAAAUUACUUACUCCCCACUUUCUGCCAAAAGAAGCAUUCUAAGUAAAAUAUAGGGAUGCUUCUUCAGACAGAACAAAAAGUUAGAACUAGCCAGAGUAAUGGGGCAGCAACACAGUCCAGAAUCCCAUGCAUAUGUACAAGCCCCACCUACAACAGUAGGACUUGGUUCUGGGUAAAUAUGCAAAGGAUUACACACUGCAUUCUGCAGGUUUACAAGAAAGUAGGAACUACAGUAUAAAAAGUAGUUUGGAUUCUAUUAGCAUACACAUGGUAUUUUAAAAGUAAAGAUCAGUCUUCCAUUUCUAUACUAUUUGUUUGAUAUUUACACAAAUUAAAGAAAAAUAUAAUUUAAUGGUGUGACUUUGCAUUCGCAUAUCAUUUGUAGCCAGCAGCACCCUGGCAUUGUUUUUAAUGAAUACAUUCAAAGGGUCAGAUCACUAAACUUAGGAGAGAACUCACUGCCUUACUAAAUGUAGUGAGCAGCAAUAACUGGUAAUAACUACCUCUUCCCAAACAAACAGGUUAAAUCAAAAGAUCUGUUUGCUUCAAGUGUUAUGUUCACCCAAACUAGUAGUGGGAAGGGGUACUGUGAACUAGACUUGUAAUUGUAACAUUUACUGUACAAAAAGAUAAUGAAAAUAAAACUUACCAUCAGAA